AUGUUAGAUCAGACGAAGCUUUUAAAUUCGCUAAUUGUGAAUUAUACUCUAAAUGACAAUACUGUCGAUUCUUUUGUACCUUUUAUUCUUGAAACUAUAACACACUAUCGGUUACUGGUCACAGAGAAAGCUAAUAAUGCAAGGCAAGAAACCAACUCGGCAGAACAAGGUCCAAUUCAUAAAUGGUGUACACGUAUUAAUUCCUUGCUGCAGUCCAAAGUUAGUGGUGCAAAAUGGGCUGGGGUUUCGUUUGUGAAGAUUUCUAUUCAACAAUCCGAGGCAUUGUUUACUCAGAACUUACAAUCUUGGUCUUCUGCUUUAUUAAAUUUGCUUACGCGACCGGAGUCAGCUCUUAUUUUGUCCGAUGUCAUUCUGACACUUUCUAAUAUGUUUGGAAAAACCAUCAACAAACCUGAGUUACAAAGGGAGGUAACUUCACACCAACUUCCUCGUUUUAAUACAACACUCUUAAAUCUGUCGGAAAAUAAAGAACUUCUGACCACAAUGUUUGAUGCAUUAUCCCAAUCAUGCAUGCAGUUUCCAAACAUAUUUCGUCCAUUUUUUGAAAAUACACAAAAAUUAUGUCUUAGUGUUCUGGAUGGAACGCUCGAUAAUGGAUCAUCUAUUGUCCAAUCUGCUGCUAAUUGCCUUGCAAGCAUAAUAAAUACAGGUGGUAAAACAAAUUCGUUGGCUCAUUGGAAGUCAAUUUCAUUAAGAUUAAUUGGAUCGUUAAAUUUCAUAUUGGAUCGAUUAUUUGAUACUAUUGAUGAAGAGAAGCAUGCUUCAAAUAAUCAAUCUCAAUUUGGGUUCCCACCAGUUUCUGAAGAUUACAUUAUUGCCUUUCCAAUUUUGUUUUCAAGAUUCCAAUGUUUGUGUGAAUGUAUUAUCUCCUUAAUGAGUUUGCCGACUUCUACACCAGUUCAUGUUCCCAUGAACCAAUUCCUUGAUCUUCUCUGCAGAGUAUAUAAUGUUUGUGAUGGUUCAUUCGCAAGUGUUUAUUUUUAUAAUUUUAAAUCAGAUAUAAUUGCCCCGGGGCUAUUGCGCAAUUCCACAUAUCGGUUGACUUCUCUUUGUAUACAAAAAUAUGGGAUUGGAUUUAUAAAUUUUAUAAUAUCACCUCUAUUGGCCUCCAUUAUUGAUGACAUUAGAAUAAAACAGAAACCACAGCGUGAUGUAUUAGCUGAUAUAAUACCCAGUGCUGGAAAGAGAGGAGGCAAGAACAAGAAACGACAGAUUACAGAUUCAGAUGAGCUUAUCAACUCUGGCAUUCAAGAAUCCAAUAGCGUGAAUGUUGGUGUACAAAUCAGUGCCUUAGAAGUUUUGAAAACUUUGUCUACAGUUGGUGGUUCCUUGAUACCUUGUAAUUCUCGCACUACUAUCGAUAAUAUCAUUAUGUCACAGAUUUUAGCACCAUUUUCUCAAUUUACAAAUACUUCAAGUAUAACUCGUAACGAGAGUGACGUCCAACUAAAGUUAUAUGAAUGUUUACUUUCUUCAAUUGUUGCUCCGUCAGCGUUUCAACCUACAAUACUUCCUCAUGCUCUGCGUAUUUUCUCAUCUGGUCUAAAUGCACAAUCACGACAAUUGCAAUCAUUUAGCAUCCAAGCAUUAGCAAUAUGUGACCUUAUAUUUCAUAGUCGUCUGCCACCACUUCAAAGAUUACCAAAUGAUUUGAUUUUAUCUGACAAAAAUGAUACCGUUAUCGUUACAGAAAUUAAUGAUUCGACAUCUAUAGCCUCUCCUAUCCAAACAGCAUCGCCUAUAGUCGCUUCUAUCAAAACAGCAUCACCUAUAGUCGUUCCUGUUGAAACAGCAUCGCCUAUAGCAUCUUCUAUCCAAACAGCAUCCCCCAUAGUCGCACCUAUCAAAACUGCAUCACCUAUAGUCUCCUCUGUAAAAGCAGCAUCCCCUAUUAUUGCUCCUACCAAAUCAGAGCCUUUCAAUAAUAGUCUCGCAUCAGUCGCAAGUUACGACAAAAACUUUUUAUCACCAAAAAAGAUUAUAUCCUUGUCUGAAAAAAAUGACAACGUUGUUACAGAAACUAAUGAUUUGAUAUCAUUAUCUGAUAAAAAUGAUAAUUCAAACAUGAAGAGGGCGCGAUUGGAUGAUGUUGAGGAUCAGAUUCGUAUGCAUAAGUCGUUUCGGAAUGAUUAUACUGAUUCUGAUGAGGAUGAGGAAAUGCCCGAGAUUGUGCCGGAUGCUGUUGGACCAAGUUCUUCUACCUCUCUUAAUAUCCUUGGUUCAACAUCAACAAUUGCUACUUCUGAUGUAUCUGCAAAUUAUCAAAUCGAUGGUCAUCAUUUGAAACAUGAAUGCUUAUCAAAGAACUUAGUUUUAAAAGAACAUGCAAAGGCAUUGAUUCAACAAAAAUGGAAUUUACUUCUCCAAAAAUACUAUGACAUAAAAGAUAGGAUUGCAAGCACAGGUGAAGAACCUGUUCAGAAUAAUUGGGAAUGUUUUAAUGACAUUGAUAAGUAUUUAAGAAAAGAUUCUAGCAUUACUGCACCUAUCAUGAGCAAUUCACUUUAUGGA